AUGGCUGACAAUCAAGAACACGCAAACCCUAAAGAAAGGGAAAUCCCAGUUUUCACAGUCCUGAAAAAUAACUGCAUCCUCAAGAACAUCUUCCUUCUCGACAACCCUCCUUCAGUUUCAGUUUCGGACAAUGUCGAUCGAGAAUCGGAAAUGGAGGAGAUAUUGAUCGCGGGCAGGCAUCCCGAUUGCAAUAUCAAAUUGGAGCACCCGAGUAUUAGCAGAUUUCAUCUCCACAUUCACUCGAAACCCUCCUCUCGAUCUCUUCAUGUGACCGAUUUGUCCUCUGGUAAAGAUUCCUCUUUUCAUUUUUCUCAUUUGAUUUUAAAGACCUUUCCACUCUGUGAUCAGCACAUGUUGUUUGAUAGAAAUGAUCAAGUUGAGGCCAUGGGGGAUGAUUUGGAAGGCCUAGAACGGCUAUUUCUAGAUGAAAAUUUUGGUUCUUCUGUUCAAGAAACGAGUCCUAUGGCGUCUGAAGACUUGCACAAUUCAGUUUCCAUUGAGGAAAUAGAGAAAUGCAGUUCACCUGGAUUUUGCAGUCAAGAAAACGGCACCUCUUGUGACCUGAUAGAAAUUUCGGAUAAUAGUAUGACAAAUUCAAAGAAAAAAUCGGGUCUUAACAUUUGGUCGAGAAGGGGAAAACCUGAAAGUGUUCGUAUUGAGACCAGCCGGCUCAGAGGAAAAUCUGCAAGAAUCAUCAACACAAGCUCGCAGGUUGAAAAAUCUUUUAUCGAUGAAAAUGAAAACAGUGAAUCGAUGAUUCCAAUGUAUCUUGAUAAUAACGAGGAAGAAAAUUUCAUGCUGGACAAGGAGAAUAAUGACUCUCCCGGUUCACUCCUACUCAAAACCUUAAAGAGUGGAAAGAGAGAAAGAUUAAACAAUGACCUUGAUGAAGAAAUUUUUGCUCCCGACAAAGAAAAUAUGACUCCAGGCAGUCAUCUGCUUAGGUCCAUGAAAAAUGCUGCAGGUAAAAACCCAAGUUCUUCACAUAGAUCAUCGCCAUUGAGUAAAGCGUAUAAUAGUAACAUGUAUCGAGAGGAAACCGUGGCCCGUUCUUUAGAUGCAAAAUCGACAAAUUCUGCUUCUAAAUUGCAUGGUAGCUCGAAGAAAGAGUUGGCUCUGUCAGAAGGCACAGCAAAUAGGAGGGUACCCUUUUGCCCUUUGCCUCUCGAAUCUCUUAGUGGCCAUAAGAGCAACUCGAAAACCACGGUUUGUGAGGAUAACACUAUGAAAGAUAGCAAGUGUAUCAAGUAUGCUGAGCCUGAAGAGAAUAAAACAACAAAGGUUGCAAAAGACAAGUGGAUUAUUGUAAUUGACACCAAAUGCUUGCUGGACAAGAAGUCGAGAGAGGAGCUGAACCUUCUGCGUGGCCUUAAAGGGACUAAUUUGGUUAUUCCUAGGAUUGAACUCGACUGCAUGCUAAGACGUGCAAGUUUCUUCACAAGAACUCGGGAGAUUUACGAAGCAUUGCAAUUUAUUAAGGAAAGCAUGACAGUGGCUAAAUGGUGGAUUCACGUGCAGAGCUCAGCCGAGGAAAUCGGGCUUUUGCCACCGACCCCACCUGCCUCUACUUCUCCUCAUUGGUUCAGUGAGGACAGGUGGGUGAAUUCCAUUGGCUCGUCGACUCCAUUUUCCCCGUGUAGCUUGCUGCAGGAAAUCGUGACCCCGACUGCUGGGGACCACAUUCUUGAUUACGCGCUUUGCUGCAGGAAGAUUAGGAAAGAUGGACAAAUUGUACUUCUCUCGGAUGAUCUUACUCUGAAGAUCAAGGCCAUGGCAGAGGGUGUAUUGUGCGAGACAGCUCGGGAGUUUCGUAGGAGUCUUGUGAACCCGUUUUCGGCUCGGUUUUUGUUCACCAACUGUUCCCCUUUCGGACAUACUUGGACGUGUGAGGAUGAUACUGUGCUCAAGGAGAAAUAUUAUCCGAGCCCUUCAAAAAAAGUGACGAAAUCGAGUGAAAGUGGUGGUGUGAAGGGCUUGAAGCUCAUACUUAAGCAUAACUCCAGUUUCAGGCAGAUCAGACUAGUCAGCUAG